GCAAGCUCCAACUCCGAUCUAUCACCUUAAGCAUGAGCUGUGGGAUGAUGUAGAGGUCGAUAACUGGAGACAAUACUCCGAUGCGGAAAAGCAGCAAGUAGCUGCAGCAGUCAAGCGCAAAACAGGAAAGAUAAGCCAAUGCAUUGCUAGUACUGCCAAAGAGAAUGAGAAGACUAGUUCGACUACGACAUCGAAGAAGGCUGCUCCGGGGAAAACAAGGCAGAAUCUAUUGCGCGCAUCUCAAGGAAAGAAAAUUAGCAGGUCACCGUCGCCCGCUAAGGCAAUGCUCACUGCAAAAGACGCGAGCGGUACAAAAGAGAAGGAAAAAGAAAAAGAGAAAGAGAAAGAGAAAGAGAAGGAGCAACCAUCAACAAGUUCUAGAAGUCCGAGUGUUUUGUCAACACACUCCUCGUCAACCACUCUAAAGAAGAGUGCUUCUACCCAGUCAGCUAAGGAGUCAACGACAAAGCGUCUCAGAAAGGAAGACAGUACAACAAAAGCCAGACAACGCACUAAGGUGGAUUACACUUCUUCAGAAGAGUCUACACCACCACCACCCAAACCAAAGCUUAAAGGAUUGGACAAAAAACUCAAUGACGACGAAAACUAUAGAGAGCUUUAUCAGCAAUACUCAUCAGCGAUGAACACUUUGCAGAUUCAACAUGCACUCUAUAAAGGUGAACAUCAAGGUACGCAUCAAUAUCCAACAAUGCUACUCGGAGAAGGCGCGAUACAAGCACUAGUAAUUGGUGUAAAUCAAAUGCACAAUCAACUAAACGAAAUACGCAACAAGCAUAGUCAAUCACAUCCAAAUGGACAAUAAAAUUUUAUACCAUGUUCAAAUCAAAUAGUUUACAACAAAAUUUC